AUGAAGUUUUUUUCGACAAGUUUGGUUCUGGCUGCGGCCGCUCAAGCUGUGCCAGACACACAAUAUUUACGCAGAAGCCUCAAUGCAACAGCAAGCGACCGGCUUGGUUUGAAAUGGAUGGGCAACGAUACUAGUCUUCCAAAAGUCCUUGUUCUCUUUACCGGAGGCACAAUUUCCAGUGGCUCGUCUUACAGCGCCUUGGAUACAACCGAUUACGGCCAAACCUCAAUAACCGGUGAAGAAAUCCUUGCUCGAGAUCCCCUCUUGCAGACGGUAGCACAGCUUACGGUAUCGAACUGGACGCGAGAUGAUGGAAACUCGACCGGGACCAGCGAUGCUCUGGUGAUGAAUAUGACUAGAUUCGCCCACGAUGCCUUAUGCUCCCCGGAUAGCGACAUUACAGGAGCCAUCUUCACGCAUGGUACCAACUCGCUCGAGGAGACGGCAUUCCUAAUGGAUCUACUGGUGAACUGUGGCAAACCGAUUGUUGGAGUGGGCGCUAUGCGGCCUUACACAGCCUUGUCAUUUGACGGCGAUGCCAACUUCUUUCAAUCGAUCGCUUUAGCUGCUAGUCCGGAUGCAAGACAUCGCGGCGUGCUUGUGGCAUUCAGCGACCGAAUCUUAUCGGGUUUCUGGGUUACCAAGCUCGAUUCAACUCAUCCUGAUGCUUUUCAUCAAACCACGAGUGGAGGAGACCUUGGUGAAUUCCUCAACAUGCGUCCUUACUUCUUCAACUCCCCAUCAAGGCCUGUUCCAAAACACAACUUCAACAUCUCCCUGGUCUCAGAGCAUCCCUCCUAUCCAGCCCUGCCUCACGUCGACAUUCUCUACGCCGCUCGCCAAUUCGAUGCCAGACUGGCCCUCAACUGCCUCGCCAACGGUGCUUCAGGGAUUGUCAUUGCCGGCACUGGAAACGGUGGGAUUCCAAAUGGCUCAGACAUCAUAGCCGAGGCGGUUGAGAAAGGUCUUCAAGUCGUUGUUGGGACCAGAUCGCCAUAUGGCGCAGCAUCGCCGCAGCCGGAUUCGACUUGGGCGAAAUCUGGCUAUGUUCACGUCAUUCAAUCCAGGAUCAUGCUGCAGCUGGCCAUUGCGUCCGGAUAUAAUCAGAACCAGACGAUUGAGUUGUUCGAGGGAACAGUACGAAAGGCGAUCAGGCCAUUCGGUCUCUGA